AUGAUUUUUCAAAUUGGUUAAAGUGACGGUCGAAAAUUUUGGUGUACAAAUAAUAUUCCGAACUUUGAUAUAGAGGAAGUAUCAAAUGUAAAGAUUGGUAAUUUCUAUAAAAUUGGGAAAACCUUUGGAUAGAAAUGCUUGAGGUAGUAUUUUCUAAUCAAACAAUACCUUUUCUACUCAGAUGUAGGGAAUUUUAAAAAUGUUAAGGGAUAUGUAAGAUUAGAUGGUGUAUAUUUAUAAUUCUAAAGAGUGAAUUAGGAAUACUAAAUUUAUUUGAGAAAUAAUGGAUUUUAAAUAAUCUUGUGCACAGAUAUUGAUGAAUAAUUUUAGGAAUGGUCAUAAAUGUUGUCUUAGAAAUGCAUCUUAACUACUUUUGAAAAGGAUUAUAAGAUUGGGUCUCUUAUAGGAAAUGGAACUUUCUCAACAGUAUUAAUAGUUUUAAAUUAGGUUUAUGAAUGUUGGAACCAUGAAGGAGAGUUGUUUGCUGUGAAAGCUAUCACAAAAUGCUAAUCUAAAUAGAUGAAAAACAACAAAUAAUAUGAACUGUAGUUAUUAAGUGAGAUCAAUGCAUUAAGAGAAUUUAAUCAUGAGAACAUUUUAAAAUUACAUCAGGUCUAUGAAAAUACUGAAAAAUUAUAUUUAGUAACAGAAUAUAUAGAUGGAUAUGAAUUGAUUUCAAAACAAACUAGUAAAAUACCUUAUUCAUCAAAUGAAUUAUAAAGUUUUGUUUAUCAAAUGUUGUUAGCGAUUCAUUAAAUACAUUCAUACAAUAUGAUGCAUAGAGAUAUUAAACCAUAAAAUAUUAUACUUAAAAAUGGAUAAUUAAAUAAUCCAAUUUUAAUUGAUUUUGGAUUAGCAGUGAGUACUUAAAUUAAAGAUAUUCCAUUUCCUUCUUGUGGAUCUUUAGGGUAUUAUUUAUUUUUAUUUAAGUUAUUCUGCUCCAGAAAUUCUAAGAUUUGAAGAAACAAAAAAAUAAUAUAAUGGAUAAUGUGAUAUUUUUAGUUUUGGAAUUACUUUAUUUACAAUGUAUAAUCAUUUUAAUAUUAUUAAGAUUAUUUGGUUAUAAUCCAUUCAAAGGAUAUGAUCAAAAAUAAACAAUUAAAAGAAAUGCUGAUGCUUAUUUUGAGAUUCCUAGUUCUCCCUAUCCAACAGAAUGUAAUCAUUUUUUUAAUUAUAAAAAGUAUGCAAUCUUAUUUUAUUGAUGACUAAGAAAUAUCCAAAAGAUCGAAUAACUGCUCUACAAGCAUUAACUCAUCCUUAUUUUAACAUAAAAUUUUACAUGACAAUACAUUUACCUAUGUCAAUAUUAACUAAAUAAUAAUAUGAGAUGAGCAAAAAUGAUAAGAAUAUCAAUGUGCAUUCAAGUUUAGAAAUGGAUUAUCAAUUUGGAUUAAAUAGUUAAUUUUUGAAUCCUUAAAACUCACCAAAAAAUUAAAAACUUCGCACUUCUACUAUUAACAGUAAUCCAUAAAGAAAGUUAACUAUUCCAUCACUAGAUUAAAUUGAUGAAUUUUAAUUAGAUGUGUUUGAAGAUUCAAUUGAAACUAGUCAUUUAGAAAAGUUGAAAAUGAAUCAAAACCAUUUUUAUAAUCAAAAGAAUUUAUUCAAUUCAAUUCUCUGA